AUGUCAACAAUAAUCAAACCUCCCUUCUCCUUACCUUCAUUGAACAUUGAACAAGAUGAUCCAUCGAAUGGGGUUAGAGCUCAACCAUGCAGCGAUAUUGAAAAUGAUAAUAUUUUAUAUGAUGGAGAUGAAUUAAAUCAAAUUCGUUCACAAACAUCAAGUAAUAUCAAUACAUUACGUACGAAAAAAGAUAUAGCAUCGACAACACAAGAAGGAAAAGAAAAUUGUAAUGAUGAAUUAGAGUUUACCAAUACAAAUUUGCUUUUAUAUGACGAGCAACAUCAGUACGCACUAGAAGAAAGAUAUAAACAACGUUUAAUUGAUGGUACAACAUCGUUCGAAGAUCAAAUCGUAUCCAUGUCACAUAUAAUUAAAACAGAUGGAAGAAAUGGGAAAAAAAUUGGAAGCGUCAAUAGUAAUUCUAGUCAAGAUGAUCAUGGUGGAAUAUGGAAACAAGUGUUGUAUGUUGGAUCUGGACAUCAAUUAUCACAAGGUAUAACAGUGAAAAUCCACUAUAGUGCUUACUUUGAAUAUAUGGAUGAACCAUAUGAUUCAACCUAUAAGCGUCAUAAACGUCCAUAUGAAUUUCAUCUUGGCCGAUGUGAAGUACUGCCAGGAAUUGAUUACGCUGUGAGUACCAUGCAACGACGUGAACGAUCAAAAUUUAUUAUCAGCAGUGAUUUAUUAUACGGUUCUGUAGGAUGUAGACCAAGAAUCGUUGAAAAUGCUUGGAGUCUUUUUGUUAUCGAAUUAAUAUCCGCCAUUAAUAUGACAGCCGAUGAAUUAGUAGUACCAAAAACAUUACAACAACAGAAUAUUGAUGAUUUUGAUAAAAAAGUAAAAAUCGCUCAAACAUUAAGAAAUAUGGGCAAUGAAGAAUAUGCGAAAAAUAAUUUAGAAAAAGCGAUUCGAAAUUAUAAUAAAGGAAAACAAUUUAUACUUAAAACACAUAUAUUAAAUGAAGAACAGGAAAAACAAUAUCAUCAACUGUUAUUGAAGUUAUAUUUAAAUUCAGCUCAAUGUUAUUUAAAAUUAAAAAAUUUUGAAAAAACUAUUAGAAAUUGUCUUGACGCACUACAAAUUGAUUUAUAUAACAUUAAAGCAUUAUAUCGUAUUAGUAUGUCAUAUCGUUUAUUACAAAAAUUUGAUCAAGCAAAAAUAUAUCUUGAUAAAGCGAUUAAAUUAGAACCGAAUAAUCAAGAUUUAAGUGGAGAAUUACAACAGUUGCACACAGCAAUUGAACAUCAAAAGAAAAAUGAACAAACGUUUUAUCAGAAAAUAUUUAAUACUCAAACUUCUACAACAGAUAAAAACAUUCCUUUACAAACUUAUGAAUCUCCAUCAAUUAACAGUGAUUUUGCAACCGAUACAGCCGAUCAGCUUGAUUCAGCUUUGUCAUAUAUUAAUGUAUCUGAUACAUUCAAAGAAACUCUUAGCAAAGUAUUAAAUGAUUUUAAACAAAAUAAAAGUAGUGAAAUGUUUCCAAUUCAUACCGAAAAUUUUAGUAAAAUAGAAAUUUAUUAUAUUGAAUUGUUUUCAAAACGUUUGGAUUUUUUAACAAAACGAACUAAUCAAAAUGAUCGAGAAAUAAUUGAAAUUACGAAAAAAGCUCCGUUCAUUAACAAAUAA